AUGGCCGCUCGGCCAGUUGCCAGGAUAUGCGAGGGGCUUGCUGAAGCACCAGCAGAUGAUCGAGGUCGACAAUCAAACACAUAUGAGGAACUCGCCGAAGUGAUCAACUGUGAAAGAAGGGGCCGUUGCGGGUUGGGCCAUCUCCACCGGCCAACUCCAGUUGAGAUUCCCGAGAAUUUUGCUGAGUUUGAUGAUGAGGCGUUCGCCAAUCAUUCCAUCGCCAAUCAUUCCAUCAAGAUGGAAGAUGGACGCUUUGCAUCAAAUGUGAUCGAUAAUGUUAGACGAAGAAAACGAUCUCAAUCGCCACCGGCAAAAAGCCACUUAGAGAACUCUGCUUUUGCACCUGAGAAGAGAAAGCGUCGACUUCAUUCACCACCAGCUCACUUACCCUCCACUAGAAAGGAAACCCGUAUGUCUUUGUUCUACAUCAGAGACCAACACAAAGCUGCAAAGACUAAUCAAAUUCCCUCGCCUAUAGCUGUGAUUGAUCAAUUGCCACCGCCAAAGAAACACUUAGAUAACUCUGCUUUUGGACCUGAGAAGGAACAGGCUCGAAUGUCUUCACCAUCAACUCGCCGCUUGGACAGGAAUCGUUCUCAAGUCGCUCAUCGAUAUCGAUCCCGCGACCCACAGAACUCUGCUGUUGGAGCUAGUAACAAAAUCCGACAAUUCAGAUCUCCGUCACCGAGUCGCAGCCUAGAUAUUUCUUCUAGAGAUGUCAAUUCCCUUCGAUCAAUGCCGCCAAGGCGUGGAUCGGAGUACUCUAAUUUUGGAUCUAGCAAGAAUCAAAACAGAACUCAAUCACUAUCACUUUCUCAAAGCCUUAAAAAUCCUGCUUCUGGAGUUUUCAGUCGCCUUCAAUCACAUGGUCUAGAGAGAUCUGUUGUUUCAGCUGGCAAGCAAAGACAUAUAUCUAGAUCUCCAUCGCCAACUCGUACCUUACAAAACUCUGCUUCUCAUGAUCGAAAUCACCUUCAAUCUUUACCACAAAUACAAGGCUCAGACUACUCUUCUUUCGGAGCUGGUAUGCAACAACCCCGAAUUCGUCCAUCUCGAGCUGUAAAUCAACUUCCAUCACACAUAUCAGAGAGCUCAUCUUUGGAUCCGAAACCUGAACGGAAGGAAUCCGAAGCGCGGUUACCUAUUGUCGAUGUAGAAAGCUCCACUUGCGUGUCUGCAGAGAAAAGAUCACAACUGUACGAGUCAUCACCACGAUAUCAAAUUUCUGGAGCAUUCCCUCUUUCACCACCUUUUCCAGAGCACCCAAAUUCGUCUGACUCAUCCUCAGAUGCUCCAUCACCAACACGUACCUUCCAAAACUCUGCUUCUCAUGAUCGAAAUCGCCUUCAACCUUUACCACAAAUAAAAAGCUCAGACUACUCUUCUUUCGGAGCUGGUAUGCAAGAACCCCGAAUUCGUCCAUCUCGAGUUGUAAAUCAACUUCCAUCACACAUAUUAGAGAGCUCAUCUUUGGAUCCGAAACCUGAACGGAAGGAAUCUGAAGCGCGGUUACCUAUUGUCGAUGUAGAAAACUCCACUUGCGUGUCCGCAGAGAAAAGAUCACAACUGUACGAGUCAUCACCACGAUAUCAAAUUUCUGGAGCAUUCCCUCUUUCACCACCUUGUCCAGAGCACCCAAAUUCGUCUGACUCAAAAAUACCUCGACCUCAAUCACCACCACCUAGUGAGAGCCUGGAAACCGUGACUGAUCAACAAAUGCAGCUAUCAAAAUCUCUAUUACCAACGCACGGUAUGACAAACCACGCUUCUGUGGAACCAGCAUCUCUUCGCAGCGCCACUCAAAAUAAGUCGCCUCCUCCAAAGGAUUCUUCACCCGUAGGUAAUGUUGAUAAAUUCGACAGUGAUGAAAAAAAAGCCACACCAUCCAUCUCAAAUUGCCAGUGCAGACUCUCUGCCACACGGUCUAUCUUGGCAAGUGGCCUUGACCCUCUCGAACACUUGCUUAAACAAAACAUGUGUAAUGAACAAAGAUACAAGGAAACUGCGCUAAUAUUUUUAAGAAUGUUUGAUGAAGUGAAAUUGGUACAAGGAUGUGGUGAACACGUUCACAAUUGUUCUAAUUCGGUGGUUUAA